AUAAACAUUUUAGUACAAUUACGUUGGAGUGCAGAGGACUGAUGCCGCACAAAUUCUUCUUCAGGAGUCGUUUCACCGCACAAAGUGCAACCGAGUCAACUAUUUCCUCUUGAAGUGGAACACAACUUAGCAUAAAAUAAUCACCUUGAUGGAAUGUGCGAAUCUUAGCCCAAAGUAGAGAAAUCCCCGCUUCACAGUUCAUCUCUUUCGGAACUGAAACACCUGACAAGUAUAAAUACCCACCGACUCAGCUCAGGCUGAAACUGAAACUGAAACAUUCUGAAAAUUCAUCCUGUAGUGACUAUGAUGACAAUCCUGUUAUUUCUGCUGUUAAAUAUUGCUGGGAUAUGCAAUGGAGGUGUCACCAGUCAUUAUGUUAGGAAGCCUGAGGCCUCUGUUGACAUGCCAAUAGAGGCCUUUCCUCCACCUGCUGGUUACAAUGCGCCUGAGCAGGUCCAUAUAACUCAGGGAGAUCAUGUAGGGAAGAGUGUGAUCAUUUCUUGGGUGACCCCUCUAGAGCUGCACCCCAACCUGGUGAAAUAUUGGGAAGCAAACAGCCUCAUCAAGCAUAAAGCUCAGUCCCGGCUCACAAAAUACAAAUACUAUAAUUAUACUUCUGGUUACAUUCAUCAUGCCAUCAUUAAAGGAUUAAAAUAUAAUACCAAAUACUUCUAUGAGCUCGGGUCUGGCACUGGAACUCGCCAGUUUUGGUUCACAACUCCUCCAGAAGUAGGGCCUGAUGUUCCUUACACAUUUGGGAUCAUGGGUGAUUUGGGACAAACAUAUGACUCUAAUACGACAUUCGAGCAUUAUGUUAAGAAUCCGAAGGGACAAGCAGUGUUGUUCGUUGGAGAUCUUUCGUAUGCCGAUCAUUAUCCGCUUCAUGACAAUGUGAGGUGGGAUACCUGGGGCCGUUUUGUUGAGAAGAGCACUGCAUAUCAGCCAUGGAUUUGGACUGCAGGCAAUCAUGAACUUGAUUAUGCUCCGGAAAUUGGUGAAAAUGUUCCUUUUAAGCCAUAUAUGCAUCGGUACCAUGUCCCUUACAGGGCAUCUCACAGUACAUCUCCACUUUGGUAUUCCAUUAAGCGGGCAUCAGCAUACAUAAUUGUCCUUUCUUCUUAUUCAGCAUAUGGGACAUACACUCCUCAGUAUGAGUGGCUUCGAAACGAGUUACCAAAGGUUAACAGAGCUGAAACUCCAUGGUUGAUUGUUCUUCUUCACUGUCCUUGGUAUAACAGCAAUGGCUAUCAUUAUAUGGAAGGAGAGAGCAUGAGAGUGAUGUUUGAGCCCUGGUUUGUCAAUCACAAAGUCGAUAUGGUCUUGGCCGGCCAUGUACAUUCAUACGAGCGAUCAGAGAGAGUUUCCAAUGUGCAAUACAACAUUACAAAUGGGUUAAGCUCCCCAGUGAAGAACCAUUCAGCUCCUGUGUACAUAACCAUAGGAGAUGGUGGAAAUAUUGAAGGCAUUGCUGAUAGAUUCAUUACCCCACAGCCCAGCUACUCGGCAUACAGAGAAGCGAGCUUUGGACACGCAAUUCUCGACAUAAAGAACCGAACUCAUGCUCAUUUUACUUGGCAUCGUAACCAUGAUAGUGAACCUGUUGCCGCUGAUUCACUGUGGAUGUUCAACAGAUAUUGGUAUCCUCAAGAAGAGAACAACUAGAUUCUGAACAAGCGUUAAGAGUCAUAUAUCUGUCUGUUUAUGUUUUCAUUCACCAUUUUGCUCAGCUGGCUCUUAUGUUUGUGAUCUUCCUUUUAGUUGUGCUGUGUUAGAUAUAUGGCCAUUUAGAAAAGAUAAGUUAAUUGUUUGCUGGCAUCUUUACUCCAACCUCUGCACUGUGGUUGGUUGAGUGAAUUCAACAUGGCCUUUAUAUUUUCAAAGAGUACAAAGUAGUGGCCGAAGUUUCUUGGUUGUUAA